UUCAAGCCAAAAGAUCUCUCUUUGGCUUGCUUGUUUUGACUUGUAACCACAAGUUUGUCUUGUCUAGGUGUCCAAUCACAUUAUAAAACAAACGCUGAUUUCUGCACUACAGCAUCCUCUGAAGCAACGGGAGUCCUGGAUGUACACUUUGGGGGAUUCUCUAAUUUUUGUUUUGUUCCUCUGAUUUCCAUAGGACUUUAAGUUUUUUCUCUUGAGAUCAAGGAACAAAAGAUGGUUUUGGAAAUGCUGAACCCAAUGCAUUAUAACAUCACCAGCAUGAUGCCCGAAGUCAUGCCUGUGGCCACCAUGCCGAUCCUGCUGCUCACUGGAUUUCUUCUUUUGGUUUGGAAUUAUGAAGACACAUCCUCAAUACCCGGUCCUGGCUAUUGUAUGGGGAUUGGGCCCCUCAUUUCCCACUGCAGGUUCCUGUGGAUGGGCAUUGGCAGUGCCUGCAACUACUACAACAAGAUGUACGGAGAAUUCAUGAGAGUUUGGAUAUGUGGAGAGGAAACACUCAUUAUUAGCAAGUCCUCAAGUAUGUUCCACAUAAUGAAGCACAGUCACUACAGCUCCCGAUUCGGCAGCAAACUUGGACUGCAGUGCAUUGGCAUGCAUGAAAACGGCAUCAUAUUUAAUAAUAAUCCAACCCUCUGGAAAGCCAUUCGACCUUUCUUUACAAAAGCUUUGUCUGGCCCCGGCCUUGUGCGCAUGGUGACAAUUUGUGUUGGAUCCAUCAUCACACAUCUGGACAGGUUGGAGGAGGUCAGCAACGAAUUGGGUUACAUCGAUGUGUUGACCCUCAUGCGGCGCAUCAUGCUGGACACCUCUAACAUUCUCUUCCUGGGGAUCCCCUUGGACGAAAGUGCCAUCGUGGUUAAAAUCCAGGGUUAUUUUGAUGCAUGGCAAGCUCUCCUUCUCAAACCAGACAUCUUCUUUAAGAUUUCUUGGCUAUACAAAAAGUAUGAAAAGUCUGUCAAGGAUUUGAAAGAUGCCAUGGAAAUUCUGAUAGAAGAAAAAAGACACAGAAUUUCCACAGCAGAGAAACUGGAAGACUAUAUGGAUUUUGCCACCGAGUUGAUUUUUGCUGAGAAACGUGGUGACCUGACAAGAGAGAAUGUGAACCAGUGCAUACUGGAAAUGCUGAUUGCAGCACCAGACACCAUGUCUGUCUCUGUGUUCUUUAUGCUGUUUCUCAUUGCAAAGCACCCUAAGGUUGAAGAGGCAAUAAUGAAGGAGAUCCAGACUGUUAUUGGUGAAAGAGAUGUAAGAAUUGAUGAUAUGCAAAAAUUAAAAGUGGUGGAAAACUUUAUCUACGAGAGCAUGCGGUACCAGCCUGUUGUGAACUUGGUCAUGCGCAAAGCCUUACAGGAUGAUGUCAUCGAUGGCUACCCAGUGAAAAAGGGGACUAACAUUAUCCUAAAUAUUGGAAGAAUGCAUAGACUAGAGUUUUUCCCCAAGCCCAAUGAAUUUACUCUUGAAAACUUUGCAAAGAAUGUUCCUUACAGGUAUUUUCAGCCUUUCGGUUUUGGGCCCCGCAGCUGUGCAGGAAAGUACAUCGCCAUGGUGAUGAUGAAAGUCGUCCUGGUUACACUACUGAGACGAUUCCACGUGCAGACAUUGCGAGGAGAGUGUGUUGAAAGUUUACGGAAAAAAUAUGGCUUGUCCUUACACCCAGAGGAGACUAGCAACUUGCUGGAAAUGGUUUUUAUCCCAAGAAAUUCAGAAAAGUGCCUCGAACACUAAAGAAGGCUGAUCAGUACCUACUCUGGAGCAUUUCUCAUCAGGAGUUCACAUGGAAAUCACCCAUUCACCCUCAUGGUGAACAUUCGGUGGCCUGUGCCAUUUUAUAGGCACGCCUCGUAUGGACUGUCAGCAAGUCAGGAGACAUGGGUCAUCUGUUCUUGUCCAAACCAGACUUCCAGAGAAAAUAGAGGCCAAGUGUUUGCAGGGGAAAUGGUCAAUCCCACAAAACAUGCUUUG